UGUAUUAUUGUGUCAUUGUUAAACUUACAUUUAUCCUGUUUACAUGGUAUAAACAUUUGCAAGACAAAGCUUUCAAGACAAAGUUGAGAAAAGCAAAGGUAUCAUACGUCACUUACCUUUAUUAGGAGGACGACUACGUUAGCAAAGUUAGUGCAAGAAAAACUCAGAUACCGUCUUACAUUUGUUUGAAAACGGAUUUAAGCGGAAAAGAGUGAUCUGGUGAAUGAAACGAAAAGUAGAGGUAGAUUAACAACCACUUGCAUUUCUGGCAGUUUGUGAUGAAAGAUGACAGAGAAACACUGGUGCCGAACGAAGAAAAUGAAACAUGCCUCCAUCCCUACAGUUACCAAGAGGAACAGAAAAGUAAGGUCAGACGCCAUGUAGAAGAACCUGUAGGCAGUGGCUUGGCGGACACAAAAGGGAAGACUAUUUACCUUUUUAAUUGCGAUACCUUAUGCAAUUUAAGUGAAGUGGAAUCACUACUGAAAGCCGUUGAAAAUAAGAUUCCAUUCAAGAUCUCGAAAAUCGUGAAACAUCCGUUUAGGGGUGGACAAAUUACUGAUGAAGCUGAGAAAACAAUUCCCAGUUUGAAAGACGUGGAUUACGCUGUAUUUGUUGUCCAUGCACACGAAAGUUCUCUCUCGUUCAACGAAGACAGCGGCUACGGAAAGAUCUAUAGAGCUCUCAAGAAACAAAGUGGUUCAGAUGAGAACGUACUGAUUGUCAUUGCUGGGGACAACAAGUACAAAGACAAAGAAGAAGAAGAGCAGCAUUUCCUCUCCCGCUGGGCAAGGGAAUCGGCCACAUGUCGUCAAUUUCGUUCAGAACUCAAAGAUGGAAGGAGAAGCUUCAUCUUUUCUUGGAAUAAGAAACACAGACCAGUACACGAGGAUGCGCUGCUGCAUUUCUUUGAUCCAAGCAAAAAAGGACGGAAGUUCAAAUAUCAACCGAAACCAGAACCGGUAGCCAGUUCUGAGGAACCUGGCAUGACUCUUCCAUCAGCCAUAGAUAUCCAAAAAGAGAAAUCAAAACGUUCUCUGCAAGCAUUGGAAAGUCUGGAGGGUGAGAAGGAAACUAUGGGUAGUUAUGGAAAUAAAGGAAAAGAAGAAUUUGCACCUGAGAUUAAAGCAUCUAAACCCCGAGGUAUGCAGUAGCCUAUAAGUUUUUAGAUUAGACUCCAGUUCUAGGGAUGCAAACUGGAAGCAUGGUUUGUGGCCCGUUGUGUUGUGUUCCUGGUCAAGAAGCUUUACGUUUACAGUGCACUUUUCCGCCCAAGAGAGUAAACGUGUACCGUCGAAUUGUCUAUAGGUAACCUGACAAAGAAAAACCCCGAAGGGUAACUUGCGAUGGAUACCUGGUGUUCAACCUCUAUCUAGCGAAAUUAGCCAUACUCCUUGUCACUGCAUGCGGAAACCAUUGCUCGGCGCCGGUAUCGAUGACAAAGCCGUUUCAAGUUAAGGUUUCAAUCUCUAGGAAUGGAAUGGAGUUUAUCUUCAGCUCCACCUUCACCGUAGUACAGUGGAACCUCGAUUUAACGACGUCGCUGGGGACCGGCCAAAUUUGUUCGUUAAAUCGAGGG